AUGCUAGCCAAAACAAUGUUCCUCUCAAGAGUCGUCCCCCGCCUUACGCCAAAGGCACUCCUCCUCACCAGACCCUUCACAACAACAACCCCCAAAAACAAGCUCACCCCCCAGCAGAUUCAAAUCGUCAAGUCAACAAUUCCCGCACUCCAAGACCACGGCGUCGCAAUCACCACCCUCUUCUACCAGCGUCUCCUCCAGCAACACCCGCAGCUCAAGAACAUCUUCAACACCGCCCACCAAGCAACAGGCGAGCAACCCGCCGCCCUAGCCCACGCAGUAUGGGCCUACGCCACCAAUAUCGAGCACCCGGAAGCCCUCAAAACGGCUAUCUCCCGCAUCGGCCAUAAACACGCCAGUCUGGGGAUCACGGCGGACCAAUACCCGAUCGUCGGGGAGGGUCUCCUGGCCGCCAUCAAAGAGGUACUCGGCGACGCAGCUAACGACCAAGUCCUCGACGCCUGGAAAGCCGCAUACGGGGAACUGGCAGGGUACUUCAUUGACUUCGAAAGCGGGCUCUACCGCCAAGCGGAAGCAACCCCGGGCGGGUGGAAGGGAUGGCGGAAGUUCUUUAUCUCGAAGAAAGUCCAUGAGGGGGAGGAGAUCAUUUCGUUUUACCUCACGCCGGUUGAUAAGGGUGCGCUGCCGGCGUAUAAGCCCGGCCAGUUCGUUAGUGUGAAGUGCUUCGUCCCGGAACUGGGGGUCUAUCAGCCCCGGCAGUAUAGCUUGUCGGAUGUGCCGAAUGGGGAGUACUUUCAGAUCUCGGUGAAGAGGGAGUUCGGGUUGGGACAGAAGCCGGCCGGUCGGAUUUCGAAUGUGCUGCAUGAGGGUUUGCCUGUCGGUGCGGAGUUGGAUGUUAGUAUGCCGUUUGGGGAUUUCGUGUUGGAUGUUAAUGCUACCACGCCUGUCGUGCUUAUUAGUGGUGGCGUUGGGUUGACGCCGAUGAUGUCGAUGUUGAAGACUAUUGUGGAUCAGGGAGGGUCGAGGCGCGUGGUCUUCAUUCAUGCUGUGCGCAAUGGUCGCGUACAUGCCAUGAAGGACCGGUUGGCUAAGAUUAUCUCGGAGAAUCCGCAGGUUCAGCGCGCGGUGUUCUAUGAAGAGGUUAGUAAGAAGGACAAGCAGGGCGUUGACUAUGAUUUCAAAGGCAGGGCCGAUCUCCAUAAGAUUAAAGAUCAGGUCGUUCUCCCGGAUGCAGAUUAUUAUAUCUGUGGUCCAAAGCUGUUCAUGAAUGCUCAGAGCAAUUCUUUGAAAGAUAUGGGAGUGAAGGAGGACCGGAUUCAUAUGGAAGUGUUCGGUUCUCCGGCUGAAUAA